AUCCACAACUCGGUGAGGCUGUCUUCAGCUUCUUGGGAGACGUGAAUCGCCCUUUACUUCCGAAUAGUUCCGAGAGAGAGCCAUGAGGAUACUGAGGACAUUGUUUCUCCUUGCUUGGGUGUUCAUUCCAGUGAGUACAUCAUCUGAUGUGACAGGCCCUGAAUCAGUGACAGGAUAUCGUGGCAGAUCGCUGUCUGUGGUGUGCAAAUAUGCUAAAGGAUAUAAGAAUUAUAAGAAAUACUGGUGCAAAGGAGCAGAUUGGGGUUCUUGUGAAACAGUUGUUGUGACCACUGGAACGGAAGAAGAGGUGAAGGACGGCAGAACCUCUAUCAAGGACAAUCUAACUCUCUCAAAAUUCACUGUGCGUUUGGAGAGCCUCACACAGCAAGACGCUGGCAUUUACUGGUGUGCCAUAGAGAGAAUAGGAGCUGAUCCUGGAUUCCGCGUGAAUAUGACUGUUCUUCCAGUGAGUACAUCAUCUGAUGUGACAGGCCCUGAAUCAGUAACAGGAUAUCGUGGCAGAUCGCUGUCUGUGGUGUGCAAAUAUGCUAAAGGAUAUAAGAAUUAUAAGAAAUACUGGUGCAAAGGAGCAGAUUGGGGUUCUUGUGAAACAGUUGUUGUGACCACUGGAACGGAAGAAGAGGUGAAGGACGGCAGAACCUCUAUCAAGGACAAUCUAACUCUCUCAGAAUUCACUGUGCGUUUGGAGAGCCUCGCACAGCAAGACGCUGGUAUUUACUGGUGUGCUAUAGAGAGAAUAGGAACUGAUCCUGGAUUCCGCGUGAAUAUGAUUGUUCUUCCAGUUCUAGAAGAAAUAUUAACCACAGAACAACCAGCCCCUGACCACGUCACAGAGACUACUGCUGUAGAUAAAUCCAGCCCCAGCUCUGCUGUACAGACCUUUACUUCAGAGCCUAAAGAAACAUCAGCAACUACAGAAGAAGAAGCAAACCGUUUGCUUUUCACACAGACUCCCAGCAGCACAGCAAAAUCUAACCCCAUCCUUAUUCACAUAGGCUACCUGAUUUAUGUGUCUUCUCUGCUUUCGAUUGGCUUGAAAACACCCAUCCUCCUGUGCAUGGUCUUUGUAAUCAUCUACUUGCAUAGAAGAAGCAAACAGCACAACAGUGACACCACCAUGAAGACUUGAGCUGCCACACUGUAGGAAAAUGGACAUAUCCUGUUUAGUUCCUCACAGCGGUUUUGCACAUUAUAACGAACCAACCAACCAAACUCCUGUAUGUGAGACAGGAAAGUAACUAGACAAGGAAUGGGUGUCGCUCCACCUCCCAGAGAAAUAUUAAUUCAUAAGUCAAAACAUCCAUUUACUGAACACUUCUGUCUGGCUGCAGCACAAGAAUAGUUCUGAACAUUUGUAUAUGAAGCAGCAGCGAGAUGAUGCAGCCACUUAUGGAAGAAAGAUGAGCUUCUUAUUCUCCCAACUGGCUAUAUUGCCAAGAUGUCAAAAUAACUGUGUUUUGCUGGUGUUAUUUUCCUCAUUCCUCUGAGCAAGCCUGGGAAAUAGUACUCUGUGUGUAUAUACUGUAUGUCAUGCUGGCAUUUUUCUUAUGAUAAUAAAAGAAAUAAUUAAUAAGUA